GUGGCUCCGACGUCGCUGAGAUCGGUCGCUCCUUCAGCUCUCUCUCCCCGAGAUCCGGUCAACAUGAGGGUGCUGCUCGUUCUGGCCGGCCUGCUGGCCAUCGCCUCCGCACAGAGGGGCGGCGGUAUCGGCGGUCUCCUGCAGAACCUGGCCGGAGGGUUCAUCGGUCAGCUGGGCGGUCAGGGUCAGACGCAAGGUCAGGGUCAGCCCCCGGCAGAGGUCGGGGCGCAGGGCAAUAACGGCCUCUACCUCCCACCCAGCGCGGCCGGCACCAGCCCGACGGCGGUCCCCGAGCCGACCCGCGGCCCGGCCCAGUGCUUCCCCGGCCAGCGGUUCCAGAAGGGCUGCAACACGUGCACCUGCAUCAACGGCAACAUCGCCUGCACCGAGCUGGACUGCGAGGACCGUCCGAAGGAGGAGCGCUGCCGCGAGGGCCAGCAGGUGCAGCAGCAGUGCAACACCUGUACCUGUCGCGACGGCCACUUCGAGUGCACCGACCGCUUCUGCCUCGGCAGCGGAGGCAACGGCGGCAGCCAGCAGGUCAACGGGGGCUUUUGUCGCGCCGGCGAGUCCUUCCGUCAGGACUGCAACACCUGUAACUGCGUCAACGGCAGGUUCGCCUGCACGUUCCGCGCUUGUCCCGGAGGUGGCGGCAGUCAGCAGGUGAACGGAGGCUUCUGUCAACCAGGCGAAUCUUUCCAGCAGGACUGCAACACCUGCAGCUGCCGCAACGGCAGGUUCGCCUGCACGCGCCGCGCCUGCGGGGAAAGCCAGCUGGUCAACGGAGGCCAGUGCAGAGCCGGGGAGUCCUUCCAGCAAGAUUGCAACACUUGCAACUGCAUCAACGGUCGAUUCGCCUGCACCUUCCGUGCUUGUCCCGGAAACGGUGGAAGCGAACAAGUCAACGGAGGCCAGUGCAGAGCCGGAGAAUCAUUCCAGCAAGAUUGCAACACUUGCAACUGCAUCAACGGCAGGUUCGCCUGCACCUUCCGUGCUUGUCCCGGAAACGGUGGAAGCGAGCAAGUCAACGGAGGCCAGUGCAGAGCCGGGGAGUCCUUCCAGCAAGAUUGCAACACCUGCAACUGCAUCAACGGCAGGUUCGCUUGCACGUUCCGUCUUUGUCCUGGAGGUGGCGGCAGCGAACAGGUAAAUGGAGGUUUCUGCCAGGCCGGAGAAUCUUUCCAGCAGGACUGUAACAGGUGCAACUGCAUCAACGGCAGGUUCGCCUGCACGCGUCGCCUGUGCCCGGGUCAGGGCGGCAGCGGCGGCGGCAGCAGCAGCGGCGGUUUCGGUCAGCUGGGUCCCCUUGGACAGCUCGGUCAGCUGGGACAGCUCUUCGGCGGCCGGUAGACGAUCAUACCGAGAUAGCUGGGUCAGCUCUUCGGCGGCCGGUAGACGCCUCGUACCGAGCUGAGUACUCAUUCGGUCAAUGACAGAUUGGAAGAAGAAACAACAUAGAACUGACCACCAGAUCGAUGAAGAUACGCGCGAGUACGGCAGCGUGUGCACUGUGCAUCAUUCUCACCCCUUCGCCUUGUAUGUACAAAUGCUCUUGUCUACUAACAAAAACGCUCUGUUGUAAAUACUGUUUGCCUGUGUUAUGCACGCUCUUAGGGUUUCGCUCGUAUAUUUCGUCCGGGAAUGUAAAAUCGUUUUCAAUCAGGGAAGCCCAGCGAUUCGUAUUUAGUUAGCACGGCUAUUUCUCGAAUAUCUUCCUGGUGCGUCGUCGGAAAGUCUCACAUUGCUAUGAUAAGCACAUCUCUCAUCAAGUAUCGAAUCGGUUUCCUGUCGUAGCUUUGAAAAAGGUGCUUGCAAAUUGGUCGCGAUUUCACUUAUUCAAGACAGUUGAUUGGAGACAUGUUUAGCGGAGAGAACUCAGGCGUAUGACUGUAAUUUCAAAGAGUAGAAAGUCAGAUAUGCGUGACUUUGCGUCUCUCGCGAUUAUUUAUUCUAUUUAUUUUGACGUGUGAGUGUGACUGGUUAGAAACUUUAUCUUAUUUCUGUGUAAAAAUACAUUUAACACUGCAAUAUA